CGCAGAUAGAGCGGUACAGAUGAUUGUAUCCCCAGGUAAUCAAUCACCAGCCAAGAUUCGCAGCCCGAACUCCAGUGGUGCCACGGCCCCUGGGCCUAUCGAGCUUUCCCCGCGACUUUGCUGUGCACCCAGGACGCGCCGGUAGGUCGGGUGUCCGCCAAAUUUUGGUGACGCAGAUCGUCCUCCCCCGGAGAGUUUGGCACUCGUCAGCACCUGAUUGAUAAUUCUCAAUUGCCCUCCCCAUCCCCGAACGCCGCUUCCUCCUCGUUUCCCCAGCGGUAAUCCCCAGCGGUCCCCCUGUGUCGCCAUGGAUAUUUCUUGAGGUGUGCUGCUUUGUCCUGUGGUUACCUCGCCUGGUCCGCUAGGGAUCGAUCCUCUGCCCUCGCACCCCGCAUCGCAACGGGUUUCGGGAAACGCGUACCCUGAAGUCAGCCUCCUAUCGCAACCUAUCGCAACCUGUCGCAUCUCCUCAGGUGUCGCACAACAACAAGGCUCGUCCAGCCUUCCCGGGGCUGGCCUGGUCUGAAAGCCCCCCAGAGCCCCCCCCUUUCCAGGAAAAAAAAAAUACACGCCCUGUCCCUCUCUCUCCAUCUCUCACCCACCCUCCAAACACUCAUAUCAUAACAUGAGAUUAAGGCGGGCUGCUCGUGUCAUUCUGGUCGGCGCACCCGGUGUUGGCAAGGGCACACAGUCCGAGAGGCUCCUCCACCGUUUCCCACAGUUAUCCUGUAUCAGCUCUGGUGAUCUCCUGCGGAAUAAUGUGAAGAACAGGACUGCGCUCGGCAUACAAGUCGAGAGUACGCUCAAGGCUGGUGGUCUCGUCUCUGACAGCCUCAUCCUGCGCCUGAUCAACAACGAGCUGAGCAAGCGAGGAUGGCUGGGCCAGCCUCAGGUCAUGACGCUCAACUCGUCGGCCGUGGGCACUGAAGGUGAGGCAUACGGCAGCGAGAAUGAGAUGGCCGCUUUCUUGUCCGCGGCGCCAAAGACGUUUGCUGCCCGGCCCUCCGAAGACCCCUCGGCUUCGUUCCUGCUGGAUGGCUUCCCACGCACCGCCUCGCAGGCCGAUCAGCUCGACGAGAUGAUUCCUGUCAACCUUGCGGUGUCCCUCAAGACCCCUUUCGAGGUGAUCCUGGAGCGCAUCUCGGGACGAUGGGUGCACGAGCCUUCGGGGCGCGUGUACAACACCACAUUUAAUGCGCCAAAAGUGCCGGGCCAUGACGACAUCACGGGUGAGCCACUUGUGAAGAGGGCUGAUGACGACGAAGAGACAUACCGGGCACGCUUCCGCAAGUUCCAGGAGACAAGUGAGCCCCUGCUGGAGCACUACGCCCGCCAGGGAGUCCUUCUGGAGGUCGAGGGCAUGAGCAGUGACGAGAUCAGCCCAAAGUUGUUCAAAGAGUUUGAGAAGCGAUUUUGCGAGUAAAUCCGUCCGUGUAUGGAUUGACUGUCCAAGGAAGGCAUGGACCACAUCAACAAACGACUCGACCGGGCAGUUCCGGGAGGGCAUGGGUCGAAUGGUGGGGCGUUUAUCGAGCAGCAGCAGCAGCAGCAGGAUCAGACCGUUCAGUUCGUUAUUCCGGGCGCGACUGUCUUCCCUGGCUUGUAUUCUAGUUACCUAAUGGGCCAAAACGGAAGUUGAGCAUGGAUGCAGACUGCGAUGUUUAUGGCUUGCGGAGCAAACGCAGGCCCUGUUCGUCUUCUUUCCGAUUUGAUAUGUCUCGGGCAUCCAGAUACCGAAUAGGUCCGUCACCAAGAACUGAACAGGCUAGAUGAUCCCAGGCUCAAAGUCUGUAGACGAAUGCAGCGUGCCCGAAGGCUUACGCCGCCCCCGAUGCCACCUACUAGAUUCAGGCGUGCAAUUUUGUAACAUCACCACACGUGCGUGUAUCUAUCUAUCUGUCUUCAGAACCUUG